AGAGAAGACCAGAGGAUAAAGAGAGAGAGAAGGGGUGAGUUUUUGAGCUGCAGUGUGGAAGUUGCAGGGAGGUCAUGGUGUGGCAGGGGCUGUGGGUGUUUAAGCCCCGCUUUGGGAAGCGUGGGGGCCGGUUCGGAGUGUUGCCUGCUCUCUGUGUGCUGAUAGUCAGUGCUGCCCUGCUAGCUCUACUCUUCAUUGACUCCAUUGAGUCAUGGGCCACAUACAUGAAUAUGAACACAAUGGUAGAGGCACAGGGGGGGAUCAUACCCCCUCGGAGUGUCCCCUCAACCAGACCCGAGGAGUACCUCCUUAUGCCCAGCCCUCAUGUCUGCCAGCAUGCCAAGCCCUACCUCAUCAUCAUGGUGACCUCCGCCCCAGCCAAUCAGAGGGCCCGCCAGGCCAUCCGGGACACGUGGGGUGGGGAGGUGGAGGUCAGGGGUCAUAGGGUCAUGACCUUGUUCAUGCUCGGGGUGGCCUCUGACCCCGGGCUAGCCAAACUGCUGAUAGAUGAGUCCUGGGAAAGAGGGGACCUGAUUCAAGGGCGUUUCUGGGAGUCCUACUCCAACCUGACCCUGAAGACGCUAUCGAUGCUGAGCUGGGCCCAACGCUUCUGCCCCCAGGCCCACUUCCUGGCCAAGGUGGACGAUGACGUCCUGUUCAACCCUGGCGCCCUUCUGCUCUACCUGAACAGCACCUACGAGCACGGGGACCUGUACCUGGGCAGGCUCCACCAAAACGUGGCUCCAGACCGAGACCCAGGCAGUAAGCACUACCUCCCUAGAGGGGCGUACCCUGCCUCUGUCUUCCCCGACUACUGCAGCGGCACUGCCUACAUCCUGUCCCGCUCCGCCUUGCUCAAGAUCUCCCUGAUGGCCGCUGCCUCGCCUCCGUCCACUCCUCUGCCCCCCGAGGACAUGUUUGUGGGACUGUGUGCCCGUGAGGCUGGAAUGCUGCCCUCCCACUGCCCACUGUUCUCUGGUGGGCCUGUGGUGCCCUACGGGCGCUGCUGCUACCAGGCCAUGGUGUCCAUCCAUCACAUCUCCCCCAGCGAGAUGCUCCGGUUCUGGGCUGACGUCCACUCCCCUCCCUCCUGCUCCUGGUUGGGUAUGCGUGCCUCCCUGGGGGUCUGUAAAGUCCGGGCCAUGCUGGGGACCUUUCUGGGGGUGGAGCAGGGGCUAUGAGAGUGUUAUUGCCAUUGUGGAUAGAAAAUACUAUUGCGUUAUGGGGGGCUGUUUGUCUGCCACUAUUUCAAUACUGUGAAUAGCACAAGCGGCAGGCACUCUAUUUCAUUAGCUAUGAUGAGGAAUCACUGUGCAGUGUGAAAAUGUACUUUUAUUUUUAUAGACUUUUAGGAACACUUUAAAUGUAUUUUAUGGUGAUGAUUAUUACGCUAGCAUUUUGUAAAAGCUGAAGCUUUAUGAAUCCGUUGAUUUAUUAGUGUGAAUAUAUUUUUAAGACUGUUAAGACACACAGACAUAGAUAUAUAGAUAUGAAAAUAUUACUGACCAGGAAACAUAACAUACAGGAUAUCCUAAUGUCAGUGUUUCACCUAUAUUAAUUUCGCAGUGUUUGAUAUUUCCUUUACAUUGUACUAUCCAGUACAACAAUGAAAACAUUUAAAAAUCAAAUGUAAAUGCUUAAAUGACAAAUAAUUUCUCACGUUUGUCAUUUCAUUUGCUUGUUGUGAUAGCAUGAAUUGUGACAAAUUACAUCAAUUGGCAAUUGACAAUGCUUUUCCAUACUCCCUCCAGCAUGUGGCAUUUUUUCAUUGUUUCAACAAGCAAGGAGUAUUUCUAUGGAGGUCAAUGAGAGGGUGUCGAAUUUGGUUAACAAAAAAAUUUAUGGAUUAUUUGCUGCAUGAGGUUUAUUUGAUCGAAUAGAAGUUUCGUAAUGAUUAUGUUGCUACGUGUCUACUGAUAUGAGUAGGACACAUGACAUCCCGGCAACUUUGAGAAAAAAACAUGUUAAAUCGGAGUUGUCUCUAGAUGGCUAUGCAUAUUCAUGGCAUGAGGUUAGUACCCUAACCUCUCUCCACUGAAUAUUGGCGGUUGCGGGCGGUUGUCAACAUCCCUCAUCGGAUAUUCAAAAAAGGAUUACAAUAAUGAGCUGUAUCCACCAAUCCAAAGAAAGGAUAGGCGGGAGCUAGACAGCCCGCCAUGCAGCUUUGUGGGCAACAACUCCCAUUGUUAGGGUGGAAAGACGUGUAUCUUUUCAGUAUACGGUAUCUAUAAUAUUUGGUAUUGCUAGCAUGCCCAGGCAACCUCUUCCGCCUCACAUUACCAAAACACCGCCAACUGUGUUUGAUUGACAGGUCUAACACAUUGAAAAGGCAAAGGAGCAAAGAGGAAACUAUAUAACAUUUGAAUUUUGACAGUCUUAACCAGUUGGAUAUAGAGAGCGCUAUUUUAAUUUUUGGAUGAAAAACGUUCCCGUUUUAAACAAGAUAUUUUGUCACGAAAAGAUGCUCGACUAUGCAUAUAAUUGACAGCUUUGGAUUGAAAACACGUUUCCAAAACUGCUAAGAUAUUGUCUGUGAGUGCCACAGAACUGAUGUUACAGAAGAAAAAAAACAGAUAAAAAUCCAAUCAGGAAGUGCCACAUUUUUUGAAACCGCCUCAUGGCAAUGACUCCUUAUAUGGCUGUGGAGGAGAUAGUAGUCAGCUUACGUUUUCCACGUUUUCCCCAAGGUGUCUGCAGCAUUGUGACGUAUUUGUAGGCAUAUCAUUGG